UUUUAAUGGCUUUUUCGAUAUGGGUUUUUGGUUUUCGUAGCCAAUUUUGAUCUCUUUUCUCUUUGACGUGUGUUGGGAGUUUGGUUUCUUUUGUUCACACACACACUAUCUGUCUCUCUUUCCUUUUUGGCUUUGAGGCUUCUUGUGCUGAAUGCGUGUUUUUGGGCACCAAAAGGAGCGAUUUUUCGCUUUUUCUGACUUGGAUUUCAUGUAAAAAAUCGAAUUUUGUGGGGAUUUUUCUGAUACCGAGUCGGGAACUUCAUUCAAUUCUCAAGGCUCAAUUUUUAGGGCAAUUCUCGAAUUAUGUAGGUUUCUAGUAUCGAUUUGAGCAGAGAGGUUGGUUGUUUUCGCCUUCUGUGCUGCUGCUGCGAAAGUUUCAGCGUUUGCUUCACGGAGAAGCUCUUUUGGUUGAAAAGGGCUUUUCUGCAUCAUAAUUCUUAAUUUUUGGUUAAAAGUAAUUUUCUCCCAUGUUGCCCACAAAUCGAAACAGACCUCAGCCUAGGGCAAGCAGAUCUUGGUCCUUUUCAGAAAUGGAUUUCUCAGAUCCAAAACGCAAGCCCCGGCUUCUCAGUAAGAUUCUCAUGGGCACAUUCCUAACUGCCAUGUGCAUAGUUAUGCUGAUUCAGUCGCCUUGUCAUAGCAGUCCAAGUGUGUUCUCCAUCCAUGAACCAGGGGUAACACAUGUCUUAGUAACAGGAGGUGCUGGCUAUAUAGGUUCUCAUGCUGCUCUUCGACUUCUCAAGGAUUCAUAUCGAGUUACUAUAGUGGAUAAUCUUUCAAGAGGAAAUAUAGGGGCGAUCAAAGCUCUCCAGAAUCUAUUCCCAGAGCCUGGACGUCUUCAAUUUAUAUAUGCUGAUUUAGGAGAUGCGAAAACUGUCAACAGAAUUUUCGCGGAAAAUGCCUUUGAUGCUGUUAUGCACUUUGCAGCUGUUGCUUAUGUGGGUGAGAGUACCCUUGAACCCCUCAGGUACUAUCAUAAUAUCACAUCAAAUACUUUGGUUGUGCUAGAAGCUAUGGCCGCACAUGGAGUUAAAACCCUAAUCUACUCUAGCACAUGUGCAACUUAUGGGGAGCCCGAGAAGAUGCCUAUCACUGAAGAAACUCCUCAAGUUCCAAUUAACCCGUAUGGGAAGGCCAAGAAAAUGGCAGAGGACAUCAUUUUGGACUUCUCCACGAGGUCGAACAUGGCUGUGAUGAUUCUAAGAUACUUCAAUGUCAUUGGAUCUGACCCAGAAGGAAGGUUUGGUGAAGCUCCCCGACCCGAAUUACGGGAGCACGGGAGAAUAUCGGGUGCAUGCUUUGAUGCAGCUUUAGGAAUAAUUCCAGGUUUAAAGGUUAAAGGAACUGACUACGAAACGCCCGAUGGGACUUGUAUAAGAGACUACAUCGAUGUCACUGAUCUUGUCGAUGCCCAUGUUAAAGCUCUCGACAAAGCUGAGCCGGGCAAAGUUGGCAUAUACAAUGUUGGGACAGGAAAAGGUAGGUCAGUGAAGGAGUUUGUGGAAGCAUGCAAGAAGGCAACUGGAGUGGACAUUAAAGUCGAUUACUUCCCACGCCGGCCCGGCGACUAUGCCGAAGUUUAUAGCGAUCCGACUAAGAUCAAGCGCGAACUGAAUUGGACAGCGCAGCGAACGGAUCUCCUCGAGAGCCUUCAAACCGCAUGGAGAUGGCAGAAAUCGCAUCGGAGCGGCUACGGCCCGCCGCUCGCCAUGGUUUUGUGAAGCAGCUCUUUUUGCAGUAGAAAUUAGUCUUAUUAGUUGUUCGGGAGGUGGUUGAAAUUCUUAUUCAUUUUUGGGAGUGGCCCAUUUAUUAAUGCUUUAUACAAUAUUGAUGUAUGGGUAAGAUAAUGUGCUUUUAAUUGGAGCAGUUUGAUGUAAUUUUUUUUUUCUACAUGAAAAGGGAAUCUGAUAAUGGUUUUACUAAAAUGAGUAGGCAUUGAAAUUAUUUUGGCU